AUGGGUGCUGCAAUCGAUAGCUUGUCGAGUAACAGAUCGACACAGAGCAGCAAAGCCUCACUGACCAGACGUGAGAUACCCGACUCUCACAGGCUACAUGAGCGACAAAAUUCCCACUGGGAAGGCCAAUGGGAAAAACAAAUCAGAGUUCCAGCCAAUGGUCUGCUUCCCAUGCGUAUUGGUCUCGUGCAGAGUAACAUUGACGAGGGAGCGCGUCGUCUACAAAAGAUCUCGAGUCCAAACUCACCAGAUUAUGGAAAGCACAUGUCUCCAGAAGAAGUGAUCGAAAUGUUUGCUCCGUCUGAGACUGCUUUCGAUGCUGUGAGGGACUGGCUUGUUAGCGCCGGCUUUGCUGACGAGGCCAUCUCACUUUCAGCCAACAAGCAGUGGAUCCGAUUUGAUUCAAGAGCUGAAGACGCAGAAAAUGUUCUGUUUGCAGAAUUUUUUGAGUAUGAGCACCUUGCGUCGGGCAGCAAGACUGUCGCUGUCGAGGAGUACUAUGUUCCUCUCCAUCUUCGAGAGUACAUAGACUACAUCACUCCUGGUAUCAAGCUUCAAGCCCAUCCUAAUAAGCUGAAGAAAUUGAUGCAGCGCCAAGUACAAGAGCUACAAGAGAAACCUAUGAGCAGAUCCGCGCAUAAGAAUGCGCCAUAUAUAUAUGAUGAAGAUGGCAGAGGUAUCGGCAACCGCAGUACGACGCCAAUACCUUUUGUCUCGGGUUCUUGCGAUACAGAUCUCACCAUUGCUUGUAUCAGAGCUCAAUACGGCAUUCCCAAUAAUACAGUUGCCAUACCUGGAAAUGAGCUUGGUAUUUUUGGCGGCCUGGAUGAGCACUAUAGCAAAGCUGAUCUCGACACAUUCUUUGCCACGCUUCACCCACACAUACCGAAUGGCACCUACCCAGAGGAAAGACUCAUUGACGGCGCUAUUGGCUCCGUUGAAGACGUUCCAGGAUACAACCAGUCUGUUGCGGGUGUCGAAGCGGAUAUGGACAUUGAGGCUGCCUGGCCGUUGAUUUGGCCUCAAGGGGUUGUUCUGUUCCAAACAGACGAUCAAUUCUAUGAAACCAGUCAAAAGGCACCGGACACACCAUACCAUGGCUUCUGGAACACUUUCUUUGAUGCAAUUGAUGGGUCAUACUGUACGUACUCAGCGUACAAUGAGACUGGUGACUGUACUAGACCAGAAUGCCUUGAUCCUUCGUACCCCAAUCCCAAUCCCGAUGGAUUCAAGGGUCAGCUACAAUGUGGUGUAUACCGUCCUACGAAUGUUAUAUCUAUCUCUUACAGCGGCGGCGAAGCGGAUCUACCUGCAUCGUACUUGAGGCGACAGUGCAAUGAGAUUAUGAAGCUCGCCUUACAAGGUGUAACCGUCGUUGAGUCAUCUGGAGACUAUGGCGUGGCUUCUUACCCAGAGAACCUUUUCACGAAUAAUGGAUGUGCUAGUACUGACGGUAAAGUCUUUUAUCCUUCCGCCGAUGUAACCUGUCCUUAUGUUCUGGCUGUCGGCUCCACGCAGUUCAAGAGGUUUAGAGACAGCAAUACCACGUACUAUGAGUCGUCUACCUCGUAUAGCGGCGGGGGAUUUUCUAAUUAUUUCGACGCACCCGAGUGGCAAACGGAUGCCAUCUCCUCAUAUUUCGAUCAAGUCACUUUAAACUUUACUAGUUACGAAAAUCCCGGUGUCAACUUCAGUGAUGUUGGCGAUGGUGUCUACAGGGCUGGUGGCCGCGGUUACCCUGACGUAUCGGCUGUUGGGGAAAGAUUGGUGGCCUUCAAAAGAGGCCGAUGGGGUCAUGUAGGCGGCACAUCUCUCUCAGCCCCCAUAUGGGCAGCUGUAAUAACGCUGAUAAACGAGCGCCGUCUCGCUGCCAACAAAAGUACUGUUGGCUUCAUCCACCCUGUCUUGUACGCCCAUCCCGAAGUCUUUGUUGAUAUCACGGAAGGAUCUAAUCCGGGGUGUAAUACAACUGGUUUUCCAGCAGUCAAAGGAUGGGACCCUGUCAGCGGUCUUGGGUGA